CAAAUAAUGAGCUGUCCGGAAGCAGGAAGUUUUGUAAUGUUUGUCUGAGAAGUCCAGAGUUGUGUACAACUUGAAGUAUUUAUAUUCUUCAUUUUAGAUCUCUUGUUCAAAUCCUAGAUCAAACUUGUAUGCUUGUCAGAAAUCUCCCCACUACACCCUUCUAGUAAAAUAAAAGGGCCAGCAGAUCCGAGACUGUCUGGAACAGUUUUCGUUGCGUUUUUGGUGUGGGGUGAGUGGGAUGUGCAGUGAAUAACUUUUAGUGAAAAGGUAAGACUCCUUAUAGAAGAUUUUCAGCAAAAUCCUUGUAUUUCUCACUACGUGAUAUGACCAGCCAUAUUGUUGUUUGGGUGUGCUUAUGUAAUGCUUUGAUUUCUUUAGCACCUGUUAGUCUAUAUUCAGGUGACUUAAUAGGGUAAAAACACUGCAUAAUCAUUGUCACAGUGCCAUGGGAAGACAAUGGGAUUUAUCACCACAAUAACAGUUACUUAGUAUUUUGACUGUCAUCUCCAGCAGAAUUAAGUUUCAUGGAUAUUAAAUCUUUCUUUAACAUGUAUUACAGAACUUUUUUAGUCUCAUAGCCUGCCAUUUAAUUUUUUAGUUUGACACUCAGGACCUGUUUACAUACAUACAUACAUACAUACAUUUAUUUAUUUAUUUAUUUUCUUUUUACAUUGUUUUAAACCUAAUGAGUGUAUGUGUGCAUAAAGAAGGGAUUUUUUUUUUCAAACUCUUUGAUGCUAUCUCCCUGCCUUUCCCCCCUAAAUUCCUCUUGUUAAAGAAAAGCAGGCAGUUUUUUUCUAUUUAAAAAGGUGCUGCUAGAGUUAUAAUGUUUCCUCUGUUUAAGGAAAAGAAAAACUAAGCACUUUGUUGGGUAAAUAGAAAAUAUAAUAGAUAAAGUGCUCAGAACUAAGUAGGUGAUUAGUAAAUUUGAUUGUAGUUGGCUACUCAGAGAGGUUAAUGGGGUGGGAAAUGAUUAUUAGUGGUUUUCAAUCUCACUGCCCAUUAAAAUUACCUGCGGAAAUUAAACAAACAAAAGAACAACACAAGAAAAGCUGCGUUUUCCCCAGGGCCAGGCCAGUUGAAGGCCUAGUAUCUGAGUGAGGUCCCAGGCCUGGAUGUUGGUUUAGAAAGUCCUACAGGUGAUUCUAAUGUACAGGCAGAGUUGAAAACCUCUCAUCCUGAGUAUGAGGAGGGACUACAUGCCUCCAGUAAGCAGUAUGCCUUUCUGCACUGGAGUUCAUGUUUCUGUGCUCUCUCUCAGUCACUUUCCCUCUUUUCCCCAUUACCUUGGUUCUAGGCUCUGGGUUCAAAUCUACUCUCUGCCACUUGGGUAAAUUAUUUAUGCCUCUUCAGUUAUGAUGGGGAUCGUUAUAGUCCUUAAUUUUUAAGGUUAUUAAGGAUUAAAUGAGACAGUAUACGCCAGGAAAUCAUCACAUUGUGUGAUACUGUGCCCAAUAAAUAUUAACCUUCAUUAGUUACCCUCUAUAUUUAAAAGUGUUCCACUUUGAGAAACAUAAGUGUAAAGCACAGUACUAAGAAAUCCGAACUGCCAUUUUCAAACCUAACAGUGAUUGACUUUAGUCCUAUUUUUCCAUUUCUAAACAAUGUAUAUGAGGUUAAAUUACUAUGUGAAGUAUUUGCAUGAAAAUUAGUGAGAAUCUUCAUUGAAAACCUAAACCUGUUUUGUAAUGACAUAGAUUAGUAAUAGUAAUACAAAACUUUUUACAUGACUCUGUCAUACAUAAUUCACUGGCAUACUAUGCCCGUGGGUAGCCCACUUAGUGCCUAUAAGGUUUUUGAAAUUGGCUCUUUUUUUAAAAAAAUUUUUUUAAAGUUUAUUUAUUUUUGAGAGAGAGAGAGCGAGAGAGAGUGAGCACGAGCUGGGAAGGGGCAGAGAAAGAUGGAGAAAGAGAAUCCAAAGCAGGCUCCAGGCUCUGAGCUGUCAGCACAGAGCGCCAUGCAGGGCUUAACCCACAAGCUGUGAGAUUGUGACCUGACCAAAGUUGGACGCUUACCCGACUGAGCUACCCAGGCACCCCUGAAAUUGGUUCUUAUGGGUUACUAUAACUGUUGAGCAUGUUCAGUUUUUCUUACCUUUAAAUAUAAAUAAGAGUUGUUAAAACAGUUGUAGUAAAGCUGCUGCUGCCCCCACCCUACCUGUUUUUUUUAAACUAAGGAGCUCUUCAGAGCAGUCUUCUCUUACAGGUUUGGAAGUAAAUGAUAGUGCCACCUGAAUCGUCUGUAAUCCUGAUCAAUCUCAAAACAUACCGAUUCAUCCAUAUUUGUUUUUCAUAGAUUUCACUUUUGAGUAGACCUUUAUAUCUGAAUAUUUCCACUCUUUUUUCCUCCCUACCAUAAUAAUCAUUUUAUAGUAUUACUCUUACUUUAUUUUAGAAAUUACUGUGUUCUCAUGUGACAUGAUCUGGCAUGUCAUUAUAGUGAUGUGAAAAAGUAAGAUACCUUCCAUUUUCUCCUACAUAGGCAGGUCGUGGUUAUUUUGGGGGUAUAAUUGUAUAAUCAGAUUUUUGGGAUAUAAGGAUGUAAAACAAUUUGUCUAAACAAAGUCUGUUUUAAUGUGUUUUUAACACAAAUAUUUUUACAUCUAUUGCAAAUCAGACUUAUACUUUGUACUUCCAUCAUGAUCAGUAUUCUUUUUUGACAUUCUUCUGGAUAAGUUUAAUAAUUUUCUUCAUUGCUAGAUUUGCAUGUAACAAUGUGGAACAGAGUGGCAGCUCCAACAGGGAGAAAUCUUAUACAGAAGCAUAUUUUGAGGAAAGGUGGUAUUUGAAGGAAGAGGGAAAUAAGUUCCUAUUAUUGCAUAACAUUUAUGUGCAUGGAAUUUAAGACUUGAGUUCACACUUCAAUUAAAAGUACAUUUCCUGUGUGUGUGUGUGUGUGUGUGAGAGAGAGAGAGAGAGAGAGAGAGAGUUUUCUCAUUUUAUUAUGUAAUGAAAAUGAGGGGAAAGUGACUAUCUCAUUAGGGGGUAUAGGCGAGAUUGGUUAAUAUUCUUAAAUUAUAAAGUUUUUUACUCUUCAGUAGAUUUGUCAAAAUAUAGUGAUCAUUGUUGAAGACUUUGAUUUUUCACAAUGAUGACAGUAUUAAAGGAUUUAAUCUAAAACUUAGAAUUUAAAAAUAGUUUUUAGAUCAGUAUUUUCUAGCUGAUCUAUCAUUAUAACCGACAUUAUUUGCUUCUGUCUCAUUUAAUGCCCUCCCAUAUCAGAAUCACACUUGGGGCUUUCCUAGGGCAUAUAUAAUCUUUGACUUCUAACUUAAGUCCUGUCAAAGAGGCAAGUUAUUUUGCUAAGGUUUGUUUCUAAUAAUGUUAUUCUCUUUUAAUUUCACUAAAUUAUUGUAUCUUCAUGUACUCUCUUCUGAGGUAUAAUCUUCCUACCAUCUCCACAAAUAAUUGCUCAUUCUUCAGUACCAGUUUUUACCAAUGGCUGUGGAACUCACUCUUUGCUUGUCUUCAUGUCAGGCUGUCAAGAAAUCAUUCAUUGGCUCUGUCUUCAAAACAUAUUCAAAAUUGGACCAUUUUUUAUCAUCUCCACUACUGGUAUUUGGACUGAGCAACAAAUUUGAAUCAGAAUUCCCUUCUUCGUUAACUGGAAAAGUAGCUCCUGAAGAAUUUAAAGCCAGCAUCAACAGAGUUAACAGUUGUCUUAAGAAGAACCUUCCUGUUAAUGUACGUUGGCUACUUUGUGGCUGCCUUUGUUGCUGCUGCACAUUAGGUUGCAGUAUGUGGCCAGUUAUUUGCCUCAGUAAAAGAACACGAAGAUCGAUUGAGAAGUUAUUAGAAUGGGAAAACAAUAGGUUAUACCACAAGCUGUGCUUGCACUGGAGACUGAGCAAAAGGAAAUGUGAAACGAAUAACAUGAUGGAAUAUGUCAUCCUCAUAGAAUUUUUACCAAAGACACCGAUUUUUCGACCAGAUUAGCAUUCACUUUAUUUAUAGAGACUUUCCAAGUAUGUUGUCUUUCCAAUGGUGCCUUGCUUGGUGCUCUCCUGGUGGUGACAUAACAUUGGUUCUACAGAAUCGUGUGGUGUUUUUUUGGUUUUUUUUUUUUUUCUGUUUUUGUUUUUUUAAAUAACCGCAUGUUCUAAGUGUGCAUUUUUGUCAAACCUUGCAACAGUUAUUUCAUACAGAUGUUUAAUACUUAAGUUAUUGUGCUCUUUUCUGUUAUGUAUUCUGAUUUUCAAGGAUUACUUUUUUGUAUUAUCGAAAAAAUACAUUUGAACUUAGCAUAAAAAGUGGCCAGCCUUUUUUAUUUUAUCACCAAGGUACACACACAGUCCUCUAUUUAUUAAUUCCAUAAUAUAGAAGAACACUUUUGUAAGCCUCUACUUACCUAUUCCAAGCACACUCUUUGUAUUAUUUUUCUUCCUUUUAAAAUUUAAAAUAGUUAUUGUUUUAAAAUAGUAAGUUUUCUUUAAUAGCUUUUUGGAAUCUAACAUAUCCUUUUCCAUACAAUUCCUAAUGCUCUGUUUACAGCAGAAAUAUCUGUUACGUUAUGAAGACCUAUCAACAAAUUUUGAAAGUGUUUCUGUCUUCAGAGGUAGUAAGGCAGUAUUAAAUUAUUUUUAAUAGAAUAGACAAAUAAUGAAUGGUAUGCAUGCACCUAAUGGUUACUAGAGCUCAGGAUCACAAAAUAUAGUAGCAUUACAAUCUGUGUAUAUUUUUGAUCAAGAUGAUAAUAAUGGCCUUACUUGCGUUAUUUUUUAUUGUUUAUCAAAUCUUCUAUAGAAAAGUAUGGAAAUACUCCUUUUAAAAAUUUCUAAGGAAAAUACUUCUCCCAAUCUAACAUAAUUGUAGAAUGGAUAUAUGUUUCUGAAAAGUUUUUGGAAGAAAGCAAAAGUUCUAGAAUUAAAAGUAAGCUGGUGUUUAAAUACCCCAUUGAUACUUAGAACAGAUUACUAUUGCUAAGAGACGGAGGACCUAUUUAGUACUGUUUUUAUCCACUAGUUUGCUUUCAGUCCAGUUAUGUAUACUUUUUUGACUGAGAAUGCGACAUGUAAGUUUGAAUCAGAUUAACAUAUUUCUUCUAAAUAUAUACAAAUAUACAUAUCCCCCCCCUUUUGGUUGUACAUAUCUCCAUGCAUUUUAAAACUUUCUAAAUUUCUGAAUGGCCUAUGUGUAAAGUUUUGUUUUUAUAAACCUGAAAUUAUACGAGUUUUAAUGUGUGUCAAGAACUUGUUCCAUUCAACUGUGGUAUCUAGCAAUAAUGUGAAUAACUUUUGAAAUUAUAUAAACUAUGCUUACUAAUUUGUAUUAAGAAUUGGUACCACUAUACAGUAUCUUUUCUCCUUGUAUUAAAUCUUUUAAAUACCA